ACUCCGGCUCGUCUGUUUGCAGCAGUGUCAGUAUGGGAGUAUCCUAACCAGCAGUGAGAAUUGAACUAUCACUUUGACAAACAAGUGCAUUGCAGGUGAACAGAUCGUAUUUUUUCAGUCACUUAAUUAUUUAAAAAAUAAACAGCUUCUUCCUGACGGACAUUGAUUGAACAGUAGUAAAGCUGACGCGACGCUACUUACAGAGGGUCGCUGUGUGUUGACUGGUGUUGCGAGAUAAGAUUCAAAACUACAGAAAGACUUCUUCUUCUGCUUCCAUGCAUUUUCUACUGUGUUUUGUGGAAAUUAUCAUUGAAAGUGGCUCCACAACACAGUCACAACUGGACAUUCAAGACCACUGAUCUCUUCCAGGAAUAACCAAAGGGCAUGUUGAUGCUUUCAGCCUAAGCAGAGGAACUUACUGUUUGAAGGAAAGAUGAGCAAGAAAUCCACAAACGUGUCUGAGGUGGAGGACCACAUUUCUCUGAAGUAUGACAUCAUGAAGAGACUUGGAAAAGGGGCCUACGGCAUCGUAUGGAAAGCUGUUGACAGACAGACAGGUGAGAUUGUGGCUGUAAAGAAGAUCUUUGAUGCCUUCAGGAACAGGACAGAUGCCCAGCGGACAUUCAGGGAAAUCAUGUUCCUCCAGGAGUUUGGAGAUCAUCCCAACAUCGUCCAACUUCUAAAUGUCGUCAGAGCUCAAAAUGAUAAAGACAUAUACCUCAUCUUUGAAUAUAUGGAUACCGACCUGCAUGCAGUGAUAAAGAAAGGCACCCUACUGAAGGACAUCCACAAACGUUAUGUGAUGUACCAGCUCCUCAAAGCCAUCAAAUACCUGCAUUCAGGAAAUGUUAUCCACAGGGACCAAAAGCCAUCCAAUGUGCUGCUGGACACUGACUGUGUAGUCAAGCUGUGUGAUUUCGGCUUGGCCAGAUCCCUCAAUCAGAUCCAAGAGGACAGUGGGAAUCCAGCACUGACGGAGUACGUGGCGACGCGGUGGUACCGAGCUCCUGAGAUCCUGCUGGGAUCCUCAAGGUACACUAAAGGUGUGGACAUGUGGAGCCUCGGCUGUAUCCUUGGAGAGAUGCUGCUGGGAAAAGCUCUGUUUCCCGGGACAUCCACCAUCAAUCAAAUAGAGAAGAUCAUGAGCGCCAUACCACACCCGAGCCCAGAAGAUAUUCUCGCAAUCAAGUCUGAAUAUGGAUCCUCUGUCAUUCAGAGAAUGUUACUGAAACCACAGGUGCCUUUGGAGGAUCUUCUCCAGCCCUCUGUGCCUUCUGACGCUCUGGACCUGUUGAGAGGUUUGCUAGUUUUCAACCCAGACAAGCGGCUGACUGCUGAGCAAGCUCUCCAACACCCAUAUGUAGCCAGGUUUCAUAAUCCAGCCAAGGAGCCAGCUCUUAACUAUGAUGUAGUGCUAACAGUGGACGAUGAUGUACAAUUAUCUGUCGUUCAGUACCGCAACCAACUUUAUGAGAUGAUACUGGAGAGGAGAACCAAUCAGGGGGUGCUUAAGCUGAUCCAGCCAAAAGAUGGAGGCUGUGUCAGGAGUGCUGAGAAGCCCAAAGUGAAGGAUAAAGUAGAGAAGGGCACAGUGGCAGCGAAUGGGGAUGAAGACCAUGAGGGGAAAGCAAAACAAGAAAAGCAAGAAAAGACUGAAGAGACAAACCACGAGCCUUCACAUACAGGCGUCACUAAACCUGGGCCUGUGAAUGUGUCAACUCUUCCUCCUGUGGAGAAGACGAGUCCAUUAUCGAGCCCUUGCUUGGGAAAACUCACGUAUAACCCCAUCACACAUGCCCCAAAUGGCUUUGUUCGGAGUCCUGCUGGUCCUCCUCAUCACUACCCCUCCAAUGCAGCCAGCAGGAAACUAAUGAGACAGACCAGUAAUGGAGAUGCAACAACAUCACCAACAGAGGGCACCAACACUGAUGCAUCCAUGGACCAGAUUCUCCAGCGUGGUCGCUCAGCCCCUGUGGCCCAUAGCCGCUCCUUCUCCUUGACCUUAAACCAAACCCAGAACAAUCUGCUGGUUCGCAAGGAUGAGCCAUCCCUGUCCUCUGGGCUCUCUGUCACAUCUGCACGCCUGAACCAGCGCUCCAACCCUCAGGUUCGAGAGGCUCGGCCACCCACACGGUUCAGCAAGAAAGUAUUUCAGAGUAACUGUAAUGUGGCAGCUGCAGGCGACCCUCGAGCUAAACUGGGCAGCUAUUCUCAGGCCUAUGGUACCAUCAACAAGACUGAUCUGGACAAUCUGCUUCGAAGCCGCCCUUACAACCAGUAACUGCUGUCAUGUCAGCGGUAACAAAGGGGAUGAACAUCACUCACAAGAUUUGCCUUGAACACGGAUGUUAGACACGAGGCAAGCUGAAAGAGAACUUUUGAAAGGAAACUGUGAAGACUGUAACACCCCUUGUAUCUAGAUUGUAUUCACGGAGACAUGUCUGACACUGUAGAUUCACUCAAUAGCAAUUAUCACAAGACUUGAUUACCAACCAGACCGAAACCCCUGACCUCCAGGGGCCCUGAAGGCCCAUUUGAGGUGUGUCAGUUUGUGGUAAUUAACAAAUAACUUUGGGAAGAUGCACCUUUUUAGCACAUUAUCAGCUGAAAUGUUGACAACAAUGUCAACAUUCACAUGCUGAAUAUUCAUAAACACAUUUGUGUUUUAACUAAUUAUCACACACAGGGAGUCAAUAGGGGCCCACAAAUGCUUUUUGCCCUCUUUUUGACCCCACUACAGGGUCAAACAAGACAUGAUUUUUCAUGUAAAUCUAUUUAGCUAAUGAGCUAUAGGCUAAAUGGUUUAUGCACAUGAAGCCAGUUGGUUUCAUAUGGACACAUGAUAAUUGUAAAAUGUGCAAAUAGUUGUUUUAAUUGAUUAUGCGACAAUGAAUUGUUUUUCAUGUGAAUGCAGCAGCAAUAAGCCUACUUGUUCCUAUAAUAUGUACAGAAAGAAAAACAUUAGUUUUUCUUGAACCCAGUUUAUAACGUUUAACAGACAUUGAUGACUGUGGCAAUAAACCACCAAAAAGUUUAAUAAUAAACAGGUGGAAAU